CAUAAUGGCAGCCGAAAUACGGGACGCGCUUCAACAAACAUUCGAAAAGACAGGAAUCGAACGCGCACUCUGCAAGACUUGCACGCCUGAUGUGGCAGGCCGUGUACUUCAGCUCGGUCUCUUGGACCGCGUUGACGGAUCUUCUCCUUCGUGUGGUAUUAAGCUUCGACGCCCACUCAAUGAAGCUAUAGAGCAGUUUGGCAACUGCUGGAUCUGUACAUGGCUCUGGCUACUCGCUCAAAGGCGGCAAGGAAGUGUCCUUUCGGCCAUUCCGGAAGCCGCGCGCUCGAAGGCUUAUCUUGGCAUAGAGAGUCAACAUGUUCAUACCUUUGAACAAGGAAGAACUUACUCAGAUUCUUCGAAAGAUGAGAGAAUCCUAGUGCGCAUGUGCAUAUAUUUUGACGCACGCGACGCGGGACAAGGAUUUCGAUAUCUCGUCAACUUACAGCAUAGCGAGGAGUCUCCACCAAGACUUACAGACUUGCUCACACAUCUUCCCAUUGAGAAAUGGUCAUCCUACCCUCCAUUUGAUUCAAGAAUCAGGCCGCGAAAAGCUCAGCUAUCACUUCUUCGAAUGUGGAAAGAAACAUGUGAAAUAAAUCAUGGCUCGGUUUGUAGUACAAUAAGAACGAACAGAGUCAAGGAUAUACGAUUGAUUGAUAUUCGAAAUCGGUGUCUUGUUGAGUCCACCGGCUUUGUCUCACAUGCGGCACUAAGUUAUUGCUGGGGCGGUCCGCAACCACACUGCCUGAAGAGAAGCAAUCUGGACAGCUACCGUCAGCCUGGAGGGCUUAAUGAUUCAAUUGUACCGAAGGUGAUCAUUGACGCUAUGAAAAUAACGGCAGCUCUUAAUGAACAAUAUUUGUGGGUCGAUUCGCUGUGCAUAAUCCAGGAUGAUCAGCUAGACAAAGCAAAGUUUUUACCUGUUAUGGACGCAAUUUACGAGCAGGCAGCUGUCACAAUUAUCAACGGGUCCAACUCGAGCGUAACCGAUAGUACUGGCCUGCCAGGUGUUGAUGACCCAAAUUGCCGCUGUGAACAUGAGCCCUUUGAAUUCAAUGGGACAUGGCUUACUGAAACGCUUGAUCCUCCAUACGGAUCAUAUGGUGGAGGUUUUCUGGAAAACGCCCGGUGGAGCUCAAGGGGUUGGACUUUUCAAGAAGGUAUGCUAUCACGCAAGUCUAUUAUAGUUACGCAAGAGCAAAUUUAUUGGCAAUGCCAAAUGUCGUCUUGGUGUGAAGGAAGUUUUUGGGAGCGAAGCGAUGAUCGACAAAUUUUUCGUCACUACUUCGGGGACAAUUUGCUCAAUGCAUUGUUUGAACAACCGAUGCGGAUACAUUGGACGGACAUAUACUCUUCAAUGCUCCGGAACUACUUGAGUCGGAGCUUCAGCUCAGAAGCAGACCGGCUGCAUGGACUCAUGGGCAUUCUGAACAAAAUCGAAUCGUAUACUGGUGAAAAAUUCUUCUGGGGAUUACCCCAGAGUCGAUUAGAACAAGGUCUAGUCUUCACUACAACAAGAUCUUCUAGACAGAGACGCGAAUCUCAUACAGCAUUAAAUGCUUCAGGGAACCUCAUUUCGUCACCUUUUCCAACGUGGUCAUGGUUCGGAUGGACUGGCCAAGUCGGCCUGCAGACUCUUCAUCGUUCCAUAGCAAUUGGUAAAAUUGGACUGCGAUUUUUUAAAGUGGAUGAACGUGGUAAAACAAUACGCAUUGAUAUACCAGAAGACCCACCCGGGCCGUAUCCCGAGGGUGAUACUCGAAGAAUUGUACAAUAUCCACCUGAUGCAGAACACGAAUGGCUCGAUAAAACCCGACAAGACGUAACCAGCGACGAUAUACCAGUGGAUUUGAGAGGCCAUCUCAAUAUUACACCUAGUCUUCUAUGUUUCUGGACCAGUGUUGCCACCUUACGAAUCGAGCCGCUUGGGCCCAAUAACUAUUACAAUGAGUUCUGCGCAAGGAUAAGUGACGGAAAAAAUCACGUCUUAGGACUCUGGCCAGGUAUUAGGGAAGAUUUCGAGUUUCCACUUGAAGGCAAGUUCAUAGUCGUUGGCGUGGAGAAGGAGAGGAUGAGUAGAGGCGGUCGACUUACGCUUAAACUUCUACUGGUAGAUCACGAUCAAGUCACACCUUCAAUCUGUCGGAGGAAAGCGCUCGUCACGACAGUCGUCGAGGAGCAAUGGAACCGACUGACCAACCGAAAGUGGGAUCUUGUUUUCCUUACUUAA